CGGCUUACAGAAUGAUUAUAUCGAGACAACCACCUCCUGAAGAUCACUGAAACAAGCUCAUGCGGCUGGAUAGAGCAAUGGCAUGCAAACAGCUCGACCUCGAACAUGCUGUCAUCUGUGUGUCUACUGCGGCUGGCCCGUCUUGGCAAGCUUCCCCCUCAGCUCGACGCCUGCCUUGUGCGAUGUCAGCUAGCAACGCAGAACGCACCGCGAGCACGCGACGAAAUAGGCGACACAUUCCACACCUCACACACAUAUUCUUUUGUCGCGGGUCAGCUCUCAUAAGCCACGAGCCUCGGCCGUCGUUCCACGCCCCCGUCGCCACUUCAGGGUCGUGCGCCUCUCCGCCCCACUAUCACCGCCUCGCGGCUCUCCUCGACAAUCCUCCAACGCCCACAGCUCCUGGUAAACAGCUCAGCACCGUCUGCCCGCCAUGGAGAAUAACCCGCAAGAUGUCGACCAGCAUUCGUACAUGGACAAUGCCAUUCGCGCAGUCCAGCAGAAGAAGCCCAUUCCCGAGAUCGACUUCACCCUGCACACCAUGGAAGACGGCACACAAGUGAGCACUCAGGAGCGAGUAUGCAAAGACGUGCAAGCGCCAGCCUUCCUCCCGCCCACCGACGAACAGUUCUUCUCGCCCCAGGAUCGCACAAAGCCGAACAUCACAUUCCUGAAGCAACACUUCUACCGCGAAGGUCGCUUGACUGAACAACAGGCACUUUGGAUCAUCAAGAAGGGUGCUGAGAUUCUGAGGUCAGAGCCCAACCUCCUUGAGAUGGACGCACCCAUCACAGUGUGCGGUGAUGUCCACGGACAAUACUACGACUUGAUGAAGCUCUUCGAAGUUGGUGGAGAUCCAGCAGAGACACGCUACCUCUUCUUGGGUGACUACGUGGAUCGCGGAUACUUCAGUAUUGAGUGCGUUUUGUAUCUGUGGUCGCUGAAGAUCUGGUACCCUAACACACUCUGGCUGCUCCGUGGUAACCACGAGUGUCGCCAUUUGACCGAUUACUUCACAUUCAAGCUCGAAUGCAAGCACAAGUACUCCGAGGCUGUCUACGAAGCCUGCAUGGACGCCUUCUGCGCGCUUCCCCUCGCCGCCGUCAUGAACAAGCAGUUCUUGUGCAUACACGGAGGACUGAGCCCCGAGCUUCAUACACUCGACGACUUGAAGAGCAUUGAUCGAUUCCGCGAACCGCCCACACACGGCCUCAUGUGCGACAUUCUCUGGGCUGACCCUCUCGAAGAAUUCGGCCAGGAAAAGACGAACGACUUCUUCAUCCACAACCACGUUCGCGGUUGCUCAUACUUCUUCUCGUACCCCGCUGCAUGCGCCUUCCUCGAAAAGAACAACCUUCUCUCAAUCAUCCGCGCGCACGAAGCGCAAGAUGCUGGAUACCGAAUGUAUAGGAAAACAAGGACUACUGGUUUCCCCAGUGUCAUGACCAUCUUCAGCGCGCCCAACUACCUCGACGUAUACAACAACAAGGCUGCGGUCCUUAAGUACGAGAAUAACGUCAUGAACAUCAGGCAGUUUAACUGCACACCUCACCCGUACUGGCUGCCUAACUUUAUGGAUGUCUUCACAUGGUCGCUGCCUUUUGUUGGAGAGAAGAUCACGGACAUGCUCAUCGCUAUCUUGAACACAUGUUCUAAGGAGGAGCUCGAGGAGGAGACCCCCAGCUCACUGGCUUCCGGGCCAUCUUCCCCACAACCGCUUGCCAACCUCGACCCCGACUCGACCGAAUUCAAGCGCCGCGCAAUCAAGAACAAGAUCUUGGCCAUUGGUCGACUCUCCCGCGUAUUCCAAGUGUUGCGUGAAGAGUCUGAGCGUGUCACUGAAUUGAAGACAGCGUCUGGAGGUCGCCUGCCGGCGGGUACGCUCAUGCUUGGCGCGGAAGGUAUCAAGCAGGCUAUCCACAGCUUCGAAGAUGCCCGCAAGGUUGACUUGCAGAACGAACGCCUGCCGCCCAGCCACGAGGAGGUUCGCAAGUCCCAGGAGGUCCACCGAGAGCAGGCUCUCGAGAAGGCUACCAAGGAGGCCGAGAACGAUAAGGAGCUCGGCCGUGUUGCUCGAAGAAUCAGCAUGUCUUCUGGAUCAAGGAGAGGCUAGGUGCCAAAGAAGCUUCUGAGGCUGAGCGAAUAAGCUUGGUUCGCUGGUUCUCUCUGUUCGAUGUGGUGUGGAUAUUAGUGUUGUCUACUUACCAUGCUGGCGUUGGGCGUACCAGCGGCGAGACCUAGAGGAAACGACUUUACGAUGAACGGUAGUAAUUUGCUAGCCAAAUGCUGUGCUCUUGGAGAGCUGGCCUUUCAUUGAAAUCAUAUCAUCACUUGCAUUCUUUCGAUGUCAACACUCUGUCUGCCUCCAGGCUGUACAAUCAUUUUGUCUUGUUUAA